AUGGGUUUUCAAAGAUGCCCUCAAGAGUAUGCGGUGUAUACAAGAAGCAAGAAUGGUAAGCUCUUAAUCGUUGGAGUUUAUGUGGACGAUUUAAUUGUGACAGGUAAUUGUAAAGUGGAGGUUUCUAAAUUCAAGCAACAAAUGAAUGAUGAAUUUGAGAUGAGUGAUCUUGGUACUCUCUCAUAUUACUUGGGAAUAGAAGUAGCUCAACAUCAAGAUGGCAUAAGUAUAAAGCAAACAGCGUAUGCCAGAAGUAUCCUCACAAAAGUUGGAAUGACAGAAUGCAAUCCUUCUCUAUAUCCCAUGGAACCGAAGUUGGAGCUUACCAAGGAUGAAGAAGGCACACCGGUAAACCCAACGGAGUAUAGAAGCAUUAUUGGUGGACUCCGAUACCUUACACACACCAGGCCUUACAUAUCCUACGCAGUGGGCAUGGCGAGUCGGUUCAUGGAAAGACCCACUGUACAACAUCAACAGGUAGUCAAGAGGAUACUGAGGUACAUCAAAGGGACCAUCGAUUUUGGUCUGAUUUAUGAAAGAGGAAAAGAUGAAACUGAAAUCAUUGGGUAUUCAGAUAGCAACCAUGCACGAGAUUUGAAUGAUAGAAGGAGUACAGGUGGCAUGGCAUUUUAUCUAAAUGCAAGCUUAGUAGCAUGGGCCUCACAGAAACAAAGAUGUGUGGCUCUCUCAUCAUGUGAGGCAGAAUUCAUGGCUGCUACGUCAGCAACGUGUCAAGGGAUAUGGAUCCGUCGGCUAAUAAAAGGAAUAACUGGUGAGAAAAUAAAAUCGGUGACCCUCUACCUCGAUAACAGGUCAGCGAUUGACUUAGUUCGAAACCCGGUUUUUCACGGACGGAGCAAACACAUAGAUACAAGAUACCACUUUAUCAGGGAGUGUGUAGAAAGGGGAGAGGUGGUCGUCAAGUUCGUAUGCAGCAAAGAACAAAAAGCCGACAUAUUCACAAAGUCUUUAGCCAAAGUCAAUUUCAUAAAGAUGCGAAGACUCCUUGGGGUGAAGGACACGAAGAGUUCUGGAUUAAAGGGGAGUCUGUUGGGUUAA